UAUUGCAUAUCAAAAAUCCAAAAUGGCGUGGCAGCCAGAAGAAAAUGGAUUGAGACAAAUUCUACAGCUUUUAAAGGAAUCGCAGUCACCAGAUAAUGCCACACAGAGAGCCGUUCAACAAAAACUAGAGGAGUUGAACAAGUUUCCAGAUUUCAACAAUUACUUGAUAUUUGUACUGACAAAGUUGAAAAAUGAAGAUGAUCCCACCAGAUCCCUUAGUGGGCUUAUUUUGAAAAAUAAUGUAAGAGCCCAUUUUGAGAAAUUUCCUGCCGAGGUUUCCUCAUUCAUCAAGCAGGAAUGUCUAAACAGUAUAGGAGACCCCUCUCCCCUCAUCAGGGCCACCAUUGGGAUCCUGAUUACCACAAUAGUUGCCAAGGGAGACCUCCGAAACUGGCCAGAGCUGCUUCCUGCACUCUGCCAAUGUCUAGACUCUGAAGACUAUAAUGUGUGUGAGGGAGCGUUUGGAGCCCUGCAGAAGAUCUGUGAGGACUCUGCGGAGGCUUUAGACAAUGACCCCAGCAGACCCCUCAACAUCCUCAUCCCCAAAUUUCUACAGUUCUUCAAACAACAGAGCCCUAAAAUCAGGUCCCAUGCUAUUGCGUGCGUGAACCAGUUCAUCAUCAGCAGAACUCAGGCGCUCAUGGUCCACAUAGAUGCAUUUAUUGAGAACCUGUUUUAUCUGGCAUCUGAUGAUGACACAGAGGUUCGUAAGAAUGUGUGUCGGGCGCUCGUCAUGCUGGUGGAGGUGCGCAUGGACCGCCUCAUGCCCCACAUCAACAGCAUCAUAGAGUACAUGAUGAUGCGUACGACUGACGAUGAUGACACGGUGGCGCUGGAGGCCUGUGAGUACUGGUUGUCUCUGGCAGAGCAGCCCAUCUGUAAGGAGGUGCUGACCCCACACAUCGAGAAACUUGUGCCCAUCCUUGUCAAGGGCAUGAAGUACAGCGAGAUCGACAUUAUCCUUCUCAAGGGUGAUGUAGAGGAUGAUGAAAUGGUGCCAGACAAGGAGUCUGACAUCAAGCCACGCUUCCAUCGCGCCAGGUCACACAACCAGAAACACCAAGGAGAGGGGGGAGAUGGUGAUGGCGAAGGGGACUCUGAUGAUGAUGGCAUGGAUGAUGAUGACAGUCUUUCGGACUGGAAUCUCCGUAAGUGUUCGGCAGCUGCUCUGGACGUUCUGGCCAACGUGUUUAGGGAAGACAUAUUGCCUGUCCUGCUUCCCAUACUGAAGGAGAUUCUGUUUCACGCAAACUGGGAGAUCAAGGAGUCUGGCAUCCUUGUGCUUGGAGCCAUUGCGGAGGGCUGCAUGAACGGCAUGAUCCCACAUCUGCCUGAGCUCAUACCAUACCUGAUCACUUGCCUUGCGGACAAGAAGGCCCUCGUGCGGUCCAUAACAUGCUGGACCCUGAGUCGAUACGCACACUGGGUUGUCGGCCAGCCCCAUGAGCAAUAUCUGAAACCACUCAUGACAGAGUUGUUGAAGCGUGUGUUGGAUGCAAACAAGCGUGUCCAGGAGGCUGCAUGUUCGGCGUUUGCCACACUAGAGGAGGAGGCAUGUACAGAACUUGUGCCCUACCUCGGCUUUAUACUCGAGACUCUCGUAUUUGCCUUCAGCAAGUACCAGCACAAGAACCUGCUGAUCCUCUAUGAUGCCAUUGGAACUCUUGCAGACUCAGUGGGUCACCAUCUUAACAAACCAGAGUAUGUGAGCAUGUUAAUGCCACCCCUGAUAGAAAAGUGGAACGUUCUGAAGGAUGAGGACAAGGACCUGUUUCCCCUUCUCGAGUGUUUGUCGAGUGUGGCCACUGCCCUGCAGUCCGGAUUCCUGCCCUACUGCGAGCCUGUGUACAGAAGGUGUGUUUCCCUUGUGGAACAGACACUCGGACAAAACCUGGCAAGCAUGCAGAGUCCUGAUCAGUUUGACCCCCCUGACAAGGACUUCAUGAUUGUGGCAUUGGACCUAUUGUCUGGACUGGCAGAAGGCCUCAAUCAGCAGAUCGAGACACUAGUGGCCAACAGUGACAUACUAAAACUACUCUACCAGUGUAUGCAGGACCCGAUGCCCGAGGUUCGACAGAGUUCAUUUGCCCUGCUGGGAGAUCUCACCAAGGCUUGUUUCCAGCAUGUCAAACAGUGUAUAGGUGACUUCAUGCCUAUAUUGGGCCACAAUCUCAACCCAGAGUACAUCUCUGUAUGCAACAACGCCACCUGGGCAAUCGGAGAAAUCUCCAUUAAAAUGGGUCCUGAUAUGAAGGAGUAUGUCCCAGUUGUACUCGGGAAUCUUAUUGAGAUUAUCAAUCGACCGAACACUCCAAAAACCCUCCUGGAGAAUACAGCCAUCACGAUAGGUCGAUUGGGGCUCGUGUGUCCCGCGGAAGUGGCACCCAAUCUUCAACAGUUCAUACGACAAUGGUGUACGUCACUACGUAACAUUCGUGACAACGAGGAGAAGGACUCUGCGUUUAGAGGUGUGUGUCAUAUGAUUAGUGUGAACCCUGGCGGGGUCGUACAGGACUUCAUAUUCUUCUGUGAUGCCGUUGCCUCCUGGGUACACCCCAAACAGGACCUCAAAGAGAUGUUUUACAAGAUCCUGCACGGUUUCAAGGACCAGGUUGGGGAAGACAACUGGAAGAAGUUUUCUGACCAGUUCCCAGUUCCUCUCAGAGAGCGCCUGGCACACCACUAUGCGGUGUGAACAAUUUCUGGGUGCGGGGUAUUCUGGGUGGACAAGCUCUAUAUUUGGGCGGGAGGUGGGAGGGAACUCUCCAAUCAGCCUUUCUGGGCUCGCG